AAUUUCCAGCUGUUUUUAUGUUUUCUUAUAAAUAGGGUUCGGGAUUCACACCCUUUACUUGUCCAAAGAAAUAUCUGUUUCUGAGUUUCACUUCCAUGGCUUCUCUUGUGCUUUUACUGUCUGAACUUCUUCGCCACCGAGACCCAUCUUUCUCUUCUUCUUCUACCUUUCCUGCUUCCACAUCUCUAAUGUCUUCUGCCUCCAGAAAGCAGUUGGGAAAGAAUGAGGACGGCAAAUAUUAUUCAGAGAUGAAAGGGGAAGAUCUGCAGGAGCUCAGGGUUUCCGUUGACCUCGUCUGGCCUUGAUCUGUGGCUGCAAUUUGAAAUUUUUAUUUCAUUGUUUUCCUUUCUUUUUUUUAAGGAGUAAGAAUUGAACCUUCACUUGUGGAUAAAAAUAGAGGCAAGUCUGCCAACAAAUGGUAUUUUUCUUUUUAAUGUUUGUGCAUAAUUUCCAGCAGGGAAUUAAUUAAUUUUGGUUGUGUUGAUUAUUACUAGUAUAUGUCUAAAAUUUUUUUAUAAAAAGUGCAAAAUUUA